UUUAGAGGGAGAGAGAGGACAUGGGUUUGAAUGGGUUUUUCAUUAAAGAGGACAAAAAUGGGGCCUUAUUGGGCUCGGAAGCAUAAAAACCCAGAUCCGGUAUGUUCAUAUAAAUGGAGACCAAAAUACUUAAGUUUUCUGGAAAAUGGACCUUUGGCUUUUGCCUUGUGUCAGUUCCCCCACGACUGAAAUGUCUCUCUCCAGAUUUAGCAUUACUCAGGAAGAGAGAGAAAAAAUGGAGCCUCGGAGUACUUCUACUGCAACUGUUCAUCCAGGCCUUAGAUCCACCCUGAAGUAAGUACACUUGUCCCUCUUUCUGUCUCUCUCCCCCUUCAUAAUCCAGACCCCCACAUAGAUUCCCCUGUAUAAACCCACCAAAAAUCAUACCUUUUUGUGCCCAAUUUCAUCAGAGAAACAGACCCAGAUUCUCCAUUUUUUCAAAAAGGUCUCUCUUUUCUUGUUUUCUCUCUAUUUCUGUGUAUAAUCCAUUGGAAAGAUUGAAUCUUCAUGCGUUUUUCUCGUGUUUGAUACUGGGUUUCUCUCCCCUCUUUUUAUUCAUCUUUUUUGGUACAGUAUUGGGCUUUCCCGCUAUUGUUUUGCAUAUGUUUUAUUAGGGGGUAUUAGGGAUCUUUUCUGCUUCUUCUCUUCAUUUAUUUGUGCAUGUUAUUGGGUUCUUUUGAUGUCCUUUUUCUUUCUCUUGUUCUCCUGGUUUUCCAUAAGAUAAUGGGGUUCUUAUUGUGUUCUUAUAGGUUUUUGAAGUGAUUUUUGUUUUCGACCAUUUGAAUGUUGUUCUUCUUUUGCUUGAUUUCUUGCAUGUCAUUUCUUUAUCGUUUCUCUUUGUAUGUGAUAUAAGGGUUUUUAUUAUUUUUUAUAACAGGAUGUUCUUGGGGUGUUUUUAUAAUCUUGUUCAAUCUGAUAUUUGAUCAUUUCCCCUCUUAUCUUGAUAAAUCCUCAUCACAGUUUACUCUCUCUUGCUCUCUCUCUCUCUCUCUAUACUUCUUUUGAACUGCUCUCCCAUUUGUGAUAUUGGGAUGUUGCAUUUGUGACAUUUUGUUCUGGGCCGCAAAAGAAAGGGUUGGAGAGCUGUUUUCUAAGGUGAAUGGGCUUUGAGACAAUGGUGUCUCAAGGUGGAGGGCAAACCCCUCAGUUCCAGAUAUUGGGUAGGCAGGGUUCUCUAUAUAGUCUCACUCUAGAUGAAGUUCAAAACCAGUUAGGUGAUCUAGGAAAGCCCCUAACCAGCAUGAACAUAGAUGAGCUCCUAAAGAAUGUAUGGUCAGCUGAGGAGGGCCAGGCCUUGGCCACACUAGGUGAAAAAACAAUGGGGCCUUCUUCCUCUUCUUCGGGUUUACAGCGCCAGAGUAGCCUCACUCUAACGAAAAAUUUGAGUAGAAAGACUGUUGAUGAAGUGUGGAGAGAUAUACAAAUGGGGCAAAGAAAGGGCGAGGAAGAGAAGAAGUCGCAUAGGAGGCAACCCACUUUAGGAGAGAUGACAUUGGAGGACUUCUUGGUCAAGGCAGGUGUAGUUAGUGAGAGUUCGGACAAAACCCAGCGAGUAACCGAGAAUUCGAAUUGUUUAGAGGGUGGCCAAGGGAUUUGUGACAUGGCUUCAGUUAUGGGGAUGGAUCCAAUGGGAAAUGCUCAUAAUCUUCAGCAACAGCAAGCUCAAUGGAUGCAAUACCAGUUAGCUUCUUCUCACCAUCAUCAGCAGGCUCAACAGGCUCAACAACAAAGUUUAAUGGGCAUUUAUGGGCAAAAUCGCAAUGUUGGGCAAGGCUUAGGAAUGGGAGGAAGCCCACUUAUGGAUGUGGGGUACCCUGAAAACCAAAUGGGUGUGGGAUCGCCUUUGGUAGGGACUUUGUCGGAUACUCAAACACCGGGAAGGAAGCGUGUGGCUACUGGUGAUGUCGUCGAGAGGACAGUUGAGAGGCGGCAGAAGAGGAUGAUCAAGAAUCGCGAGUCUGCUGCUAGGUCUCGGGCGAGGAAGCAGGCAUACACAAAUGAGUUGGAGAAUAAAGUCAUGCGUCUGGAGGAAGAGAAUGAAAGGCUUAAGAAGCAAAAGGAGGUGGAGAGACUGCUGCAUUCUGUGCCUGCUCCCGAACCCAAAUACCAGCUCCGAAGAACCAGCUCUGCACCCUUUUGAUAAAUGAUGUGUUUAUACUUCACAACAAAGGUUCUGUUGAAUUCACUGUGGACCCUUUUCAAGAUACAAAUCCGGACUCGGCUUAUGUUCCUCCUCUUUCUUUGUAAGUUUAUGCUAUUGGCUUGGAACUCUGCAUUUGCUGUUGUAUUUUUCAUCUCCACUUGAGGCCUUACUAUGUACAUUAAUUAUAUGUUUGUACUUUCUUGGAAUGUUGGGAUUUUGCUUUUGUGAGAGUGAGAGUGAGAGUGAGAGUGAGAGUGAGAGUGAGAGGGAGAGGGAGAGGGAGAGGCCGUGUUAUUUGUGCUUUGGGUUCCUGAUAAACUAUUUGUGCCUUACAAGCCUUUACAGUUAUACAUGUAAUUGUGGGAACUUCACCAGGCUUGGGAAAAGAAAGGAAGUGUUUAUUUAUGAGUC